UACAGCUAUCGUAAUGAAGAUUUAAUCAUUUGAUAGAGCCAUGUCACGACAAUCGGUAGUUCUGUCGUUUCUCUCCGGUUUUUUAUUUGUUACGUUGAACAGCGUAACGUCUAAAGUAGUUCCCCCAUCGCCAUGGUCAAGCUAUGCUUCGAAAUCAGUUUAUUCGAGGUCACUCGGACCACCUGUACCUGGAUUUAGCACCAUAAACGUACCGUACAUGUCCAAGUCACCAUUGUUUCCUAAAUUCGUUGAUCCGAAAGCUAUGAUCUCUAAAAAGACUGAUUUAUUGAACAAUCUCUUUGGUGGAAUGGGUACGGUUCCUUGGGCUGCUGAUAGCUCCAAGUUGUUACCAGGUAGUCCUUUUCAAUAUUCUACGGUGGACGAGCAAAGUGAUUCAGCUGAGGCGAAAAUGAAUGACAUUGCUCAAUUGUACGGAGUUUCGAAAUUCAAAUCUACGCUACCGUCUCAGGAAGCUAAGAGAAGCGCGACCUUGCUCGCAGACGAUCCAGAAUCAUCGUCAAAAGAUACAGCGUCGAAUGAUAAAACCGAGGUAAAAGAUUCUAACUCGUCCACGAGCGAUGACAACUCAAAUCCCGAGGAUAGUCAAACGAUUGAAAAAGAGAGCAAUCCUAGUAAGGUAAAGGAAUAUCUCCCAGGAAUGUUUCCUCCAUUUGCAAUGGAUCCUUCGAUGUUCAUCGAAAAGAAAUAUUCCUUUUUGGACACGCUAUUCAAAAAUCUUCCAACGAGUAGCACUACUCCAAGUUACACCGAAACGACACCGAAAAGUACCAUCGUACCACCUGAAUUUUGGAUUCCAAACUCUGUGAUCGUCAAUCCGAUGGAAUAUAAUGAAAAGAUAUCGACCUUCUUGGAUAAAUUAUUCGAGAAUUUAACAUUGAACAAGACUGAAGCUGAGGAUGAUACAUCUUCGGUUUCUGGAAAGAGAGUCGCAAGAUCAAUCGAGGACGUAUCUUCUAUCAUCGCUGCUAAAGAUGCUUUCGUAGAUACGAUAUUAUUGCAACUGGGUAAUUUAAAGAAUGAAAUGAUCUCGGUUUUAAACGAUACGUUGGCUUAUCAAAAAUCCUCAAGCGUACCUUCUCCGAUACCAAAGAAACCAUUUCUACCAAGCAUGUGGAUGAAGCCAACAGUGGACACGUUGUUACCUUUGAAACAAAAAAUGGCAUUUCUUGAUCAAAUGUUCGACAUGUUGCUCGAUUUGCAAAAGAAUGUAUCCGCAAAUAUUCUAGAAACCGUGAAAUCUGAGCUGAACGUAGAAGGUAAUGUUCAAUCCUCGAAUUUAAACGACGAACCUUUGAUAAAUACCGAUGAUAGCUUGCUGAAUCAGUCUCUUUUGGAUGCCAUUAAGCAAAGUUUGGCACAAAGUGUUCAAUAUCCAACAGGUGCUUCUAAAGGUGCUACCAAAAAAGUAGCCAGAUCAUCGCCAAGUGCAACCUCAUUUUGGGUUGCUUAUCCGGAGAGUACUCAUACCGUUGCUAAACGACACACUUCUGCAAAUAAUUAUCAAUAUCCCUUACGAAGAGGAAAUAAUUUUAAUUAUCCAAAUGAUAAAUCGGAUCCAAAGCAAUCCGCGGAAAUGUUACAGAAAUAUGACAAGGGAGAUGCCGACUUUGAUUACGAUAUCGAUGGGCAAAGAGAUAAUAUAGAGAAAUUUAAAAAAUAUAUUAAGUGGAUGAAAUAUAUUAUGAACGAACACAAAGAAGGCAGGCAUCAUCAUCAUCAUUAUUAUUAUUAAGUCGUUUUAAGAAUUUAUUAAUAUAUCAUUAUACCUCGAAAUUCGAAAUACUAAGUUGAAACUAAAGCUUGUAGAUGAUCUCGAUUCUAUGAAUAAAAUUCUUUAAAAACAGUUAAAAGUAUAA